UCGGGGAGGCGCACCCCCACGAGACCCGCGCGUUCGGUGGGUCCGCGCGGCACUGGGCGCGGGCUGGUCGGGAUGGAGGCGGCGGCGGCGGCGCCCGGCAGGGACGCGCGGGAGCGGGCAGCGAGUCAUCCCCGCGGCCGCGGAGAGAAGAGCCCGCCAGGCAGCAGGAAAGUUUAUAUGGACUAUAAUGCAACCACCCCCCUUGAGCCAGAAGUCAUCCAGGCCAUGACCGAGGCCAUGAGGGAAGCCUGGGGAAAUCCCAGCAGUCCUUACCCAGCAGGUAGGAAGGCCAAGGACAUUAUUGACACAGCUCGGGAGAACGUCGCGAAGAUGAUAGGUGGGAAACCUCAGGACAUAAUCUUCACUUCCGGGGGCACUGAGUCCAACAACUUAGUAAUCCAUUCCAUGGUGAAACAUUUCCACCAAACCCGCCCCUCUGCGGGGAGCCCGGCCGAUCUGUGCAGCCCGCUGGACGGGGCCGCGCCCCAUCUUAUCACCUGCACCGUGGAACACGACUCCAUCCGCCUGCCCCUGGAGCACCUGCUCAAAGAACGAGCGGCCGCGGUCACCUUUGUGCCAGUGUCCAAGGUGAAUGGUCAGGUGGAGGUUGAGGACAUCCUGGCAGCUGUCUGCCCCGCCACGUGCCUUGUGACUAUCAUGCUGGCCAAUAACGAGACGGGUGUUAUCAUGCCCAUCUCUGAAAUCAGUCAGCGAAUUAAAGCCCUGAACCAAAAGCGGGCAACUUCCGGGCUGCCUGUCAUUCUGCUACACACAGACGCGGCACAGGCCCUGGGGAAACGGCGCGUGGAUGUGGAGGACCUGGGCGUGGACUUCCUGACCAUCGUGGGGCACAAGUUCUACGGUCCCAGGAUUGGAGCACUUUAUGUCCGAGGGCUUGGUGAACUUACACCUCUGUACCCUAUGCUGUUUGGAGGUGGACAAGAACGGAAUUUCAGGCCAGGGACAGAGAAUACACCGAUGAUUGCCGGCCUUGGGAAGGCCGCUGAGCUGGUGACCAGGCACUGCGAGGCUUAUGAGGCCCACAUGAGAGAUGUUCGAGACUACCUGGAGGAGCGGCUGGUGGCUGAAUUUGAUAAGCAGAGAAUCCAUCUAAACAGCCAAUUUCCAGGGACUGAGCGACUCCCCAACACAUGCAACUUUUCCAUCCGGGGACCCCAGCUUCAAGGGCGUGCAGUGCUGGCCCAGUGCAGGACGCUGCUGGCCAGCGUGGGGGCUGCAUGCCACUCGGACAACGUGGACCGGCCAUCCCCAGUGCUGCUGAGCUGUGGUAUUCCCUUCGACGUGGCCAGGAACGCGCUCCGGCUCAGCGUGGGCCGCAGCACCACCAGGGCGGAGGUGGACCUCGUCGUGCAGGACCUGAAACAGGCUGUGGCCCGGCUGGAGUACCAGGCCUAGUGCCAAGGACGCCCCCCAUAGGAAGCCCUUCCAAGUGCUGGGCCAGGAUGGCUCUCCUAAUUUGUCCCAGUGUCUGACAUGGUGUCAGGCAGUGGGUGCGCUCAUUCCCCAUCCCCGUCUCCCCGUUCCCUGUCCCACAUCCCCGGAUCAGCAGAGAGCCCGUCUGUCGGGCAGGCAGACCCAGCGGGCCGCACACACCUGUGUGGGACUGUCCCUGCUGCCCGGUGGCGCAGGUUGAAGCAGAAGCAUCCCCUGUGGGGAGCUGGGAGUGCUACCCUCCUGGAAGGGAGCGUUUCCCCUGGAAGAUAAAAUCCUAGUAUUGUAGACCAUUGUCACUUGCUACCAUGAACAUAGGAAACCUGAUUUUUGCUGCAGUCAUGGCCUCCCCUGCCUGUUGGCGCUGAGGUCCGUCCACCCCUGGGCCCUCUGAUCUCACUCCGCCCUUCCCAAGCCCUUCCUCCGCAGGGAGGCCACCAACGUCAGCCCCCUGCUCCGUAUCCCCCAACUUGCCCACCCUCCCCGACCUCCUCACUCAGCCUGGUGGCCACCCAGAGCCCCCAAAGCCCCCAAGUCCCCCCUGCCUUUUUCCUGUGGUCAUUCACUCAGUGUUCCAGCUCCGGUGUGGGACUUGGGAGGCAACCAGGGUUACGUGACCCCUGGUGGCUCCUGUGGUGGGAAAUCUGCCCGUCCCCUGCUCCGCUCCAUCAUAAUAUUGUUCCCAGAUGGGUUCUUCUGUCUUCACCAAGGCUCUGUGACAUCCCGAUGCACCUCAGAGGGUGUGACUCACAGAGACCCUUUGCAUAGGAUCGAUUUCUUAGCCAAACAUUUUUAACGUGUGGUUUUAAGGUGCCAAGAACUUCAUGAUGACUCUGAGGAAACCACUGUCAGAAAUUCAGUGAACUAAUAAAAUAUUCCAAUGCUAGUA